CACGGUAACCAAUCAGAGACGUCUGUUAGCCGUUUUGUUGCUAAACUAAAAAGAAAAGGAUGCUGUUGUUCAGUUUGUUCGGGGUUUUUUCACACGGAAUCCAGUUUAACGAUUAAAAAAAUAAUCUUAUUAAAUUCGGACAAAAUAUGUUGCGACACCUGCUUUUUGGUAACAUUUUUAAGUGUUGGUGCAGUAGUUACCAUGGCAACCCGCUAGCUUGUUAGUUAGCCCGCGUUAGCAAACCAACAAGUCUUCAAGAUGUCGUCUUUUGAACACUUGGAUGCUUUGCGAAGACAAAAUAAGGAACUGUUACAAAAACUGAAACAUAAAACCGAAAAUCUACAGCGUCUAAAUUUAGGUUGUUCGAGAAAACCGCCGGGAAAUGAAACACCGGAAUCCGUUUCUGAUGCUGUGCGGGAAUUAGGAAACGGUAGCGCACGCGACCGGAAGCCCCUAACAGAGGGAAAUGGAAGUUUAUUAAAUGUCUCAGAUGCUUUUAUAAAUCUGACUGUCAGUGGAAAUGGUCCAAAAGUGGCCCGAAAUGCUUUGUGUAAACCGAUAAACAUCAUGAAAACACCAGGACCCGAAGCUGAGGAAAGUGUGGGCUCACUACUGCCGUAGAAAAAACUUUGCACCUACUGUUUCCCACAAACUAUGUUCGGACCAUUUCACAGAGGAUUCUUUCAACUUUAAUACUCAGGUACUGAACGAAAUUAAUUGCCAAGCCAAAUUUACCUUCACUCAGAGUUGUACCAUUAUUUUUUAGACAGGGCGGACGAACCAGGGCAUUCACCCGCCUGGCCGUGCCCGACGAGGAGCGCUCUCGGCCGGCUUGGGAGGCAGACGGCAGCCCCUCCUGGAAGCGUGGUUUUACCAUGGGCCUCAUGCGGAAAAGUGCCGAGGUGCAUUCGCUAAGCGACUGAAAGCCGAGACUACAAAGCUGCUCUUCUCUCAAGAUCUAAACUUUCAGACAUGUUAAACCUCUGGCCACGCCCAAUCAGUGAUGUCACAAACGCACAGAAUGGGAAAAUCCGAGAGCCAAAUGGAUAUCAUGGAGAAAACAACCAAGCCAAGGAAACAUCGCUGGACCGUAGUGGAGAUCGGCCUGUCCGUUAUAUUACUGCUGAUGAGCUGCGCUUUGGCGGGACUGGUCGUGCUUUACGCUUCAGCACUCAAAGAUUAUUCCUAUCGAAAUGGUGCGUCAAAAGGCCUGGAGUAUCACAGGAACCCAGACACCACUGUGUGCACAACCCCAGACUGCGUCAUGGCAGCGGCGAGGUUAUUACAGAACAUGGACCAGCGCGUGGACCCGUGCCAGAACUUUUACCAGUACGCGUGUGGAGGCUGGCUGGAGAAGCACGUGAUCCCCGAGACCAGCUCGCUCCACAGCGUCUUCAACAUCUUGAGGGAUGAGCUGGAAAUCGUGCUCAAGGGGGUUCUGGAGGCACAAAGUGAACGUGACCGGGAAGCUUUUAAGAAAGCCAAAGUGCUCUACAGAUCGUGUAUGAAUGAGAGUGUGAUCGAACAGCGCGACUCGCAGCCCCUCCUCAAGCUCAUUGAGCGUAUCGGUGACUGGCCUGUUGCCUCUGAGGACUGGAACAACACAGCAGACGAGUCCUGGAGUCUGGAGGACAUGCUGGCGUCCCUAAACUCUCAUUACAACAAGAAGGUUUUGCUGGAAAUGUUCAUUUGGCCUGAUGAUCGAGACUCAAGCCACCACAUCAUUCACAUUGACCAGCCAUCUUUAGGAAUGCCCUCAAGAGAUUAUUACCUCAAUGAUGGCAACUACAAAAAGGUGCGUGAGGCCUACCUGCAGUUCAUGGUUUCCAUGGCGAAAAUAGUACGGGAGGACAGGAACCUCACCCAGGAUGACGAGCGUGUGUGGGAGGACAUGAUGCAAGUGAUGGAGCUGGAGAGAGACGUCGCGAAUGCUACGUCUUCAGCCGAGGAACGCAACGACAUCACUGUGCUGUACAACAAAAUGACUCUACAGGACGUUCAGGAGACCUUUAACCUCGGCGGAUUUAACUGGACCCGUUAUAUCCAGGGCAUCGUGGCAGGCAUUUCAAUCACAGUGCAGCCUGACGAGCCCAUCGUGGUCUACUGCUCACCCUACCUCGACAAGCUCAACAAUGUCCUUUCAAGAUACAACCGCAGGACUGUGCAGAAUUACCUGGUCUGGAUGCUGAUCAUGGAGCGAGUCAGCAGCUUGAGUCGACGCAUGAAAGAGGUCCGAGCUCACUACAGAAAGGCUUUACACGGCACCACGGUGGAGGAGGCACGCUGGCGUGAUUGCGUGCGCUACGUCCAGAACAACAUGGAGAACGCAGUAGGGGCUCUGUACGUACGCGAGACCUUUGCUGGAGACAGCAAGCGCAUGGUUGGGGAAUUGAUCAGAAAGAUUCAGGAUUCUUAUGUGGAAACAUUAGAAGAGCUGAACUGGAUGGAUGAUCAGUCGAAGGAGAAGGCAAGAGAGAAGGCGAUGGCCAUUUCAGAGCAAAUUGGUUAUCCGGAUUAUAUCCUGGAAGAGGACAACAAGAAGCUGGAUAAAGAGUACAUCCAUCUGAAGUUCAGUGAAGAGAGCUACUUUGAGAACGUUCUGGAAAACCUUCGAGCAACCGCUCAGAAAGCUCACAAGAAGCUACGGGAACCUGUUGAUCCAGAACAGUGGAUCAUCGGUGCAGCUGUAGUCAAUGCUUUUUACUCUCACAACAGAAAUCAGAUUGUGUUUCCUGCUGGAAUUUUACAGCCCCCUUUCUUCAGUGAGAAGCAGCUCCAGGCCUUAAACUUUGGAGGAAUUGGAAUGGUUAUAGGACAUGAAAUCACUCACGGCUUUGAUGACCAUGGUCGUAACUUUGACAAAGAUGGAAACAUGUACAACUGGUGGAGCAACUUCUCCACAGAGCAGUUUGAGGAACAGUCCAAAUGCAUGGUGCAGCAGUACGGCAAAUUCAGCUGGAAGCUUGCAGGAGGUCAAAAUGUGAGUGGCAUCACCACGCUGGGGGAGAACAUUGCCGAUAAUGGAGGAGUGCGGCAAGCGUAUAAGGCGUACAUGAAGUGGGUGGAGAGGGAAGGUGAAGAGCCUCAUCUUCCUGGUGUGGACAUGGAUCAUAAGCAGCUCUUUUUCCUCAACUUUGCCCAGGUCUGGUGCGGAGCCUGUCGCCCUGAAUAUGCCAUCCAGUCCAUCAAGACCGACCCCCACAGUCCUCUGGAGUACAGGGUUUUGGGCUCCUUGCAGAAUUUCGAAGCCUUUUCCGAGGCGUUCCAGUGCCGGAGAGGUACGCCUAUGAACCCAGAGGAGAAGUGCAGAGUGUGGUAGUCUGAGUAGACCCUAAAGGCUGCGAUUUCUUUCCACCAAGGCAGCAUAUUAUAUAUGAGUUGCCUUAAUGUGUGUCUGUUGAAAGAGAUAAGAAGGAGGUUAUUAUGAACGCUAGAAAAAACUGUUAUUAUAUGAGUAAGCAGAGGAUGAGUGCAAUGAAAGCAGGGUGGAAAAGAAACACUUUGAGUGCCGUUACUUAAGAUAAGUUAAAGUAUUUGUUUUGUAUAUUUGUGGGUCAUGUGUAAAUAUUCUGUACUGAUUCCAGAGGCGGAUAUGAUGAUAUACACAGCUGCUGCCUUUGAUAGUGGACACAUUUCCUAAUAUUUGGACAGAUUUGCUGAUUUUUAAUGUGUAUUGCUGGCUUUAAAUGUGGUAAGCACUUCACAAAGAAAGUUUCACAAGAUCCAACAACCAGCCAAAAGCUCACGGCUUCUUUAGGCUAGAAAGGUUCAAAUUAAAUCCCAGGAUGUCUCUUUUGGCAAAGUGCAGCCUUAAAAAAGUUAUGAUGGAGACAAGAUAUUUUUAAAAAGAAAGAAAAGAAAAGAAAAGAAAGAACAAUAUAUUUAUUAUUAUUAGACGUGUUAGUGAGCUGUAAAUGUGAGCUAUAGCGCCUCCAUCAGGUCAAAUAAUUACCUGAAGACUUUAAGACUGUUAAAUUCAUCAUGCUUUAUCACAUUUUGACACAUCUGUGGGAAAUAAUUACUAAAAACAGCUUUAUUAUUAUGCCGAAUACAUUUAGUUACCAUUCCAAACAGGAAGGAUCAUUCAGUCUAAAUCACAAAAAGGGAGUAAAAAUAUCCUUUCGUGUUUAUGAUUUUAUCACCAAAAGGUAGGGGAGAGCGGGGUAAGAUGAGCCACUUUUUACAUUUUUCAUCAUAACUACAUGUUAAAGCCAUUUUUGCUUCCAGUCUACACACCAUACCAAAUUUCAAAGUGUGCUGUUACUAUCUGAGCAAAAAAUAAUUGAUAAGCUCUUAUGGUUAGAGUGAUAUUACCUCUUGAAAAAAAAAUGUCAAGUGGCUCAACUUACCCCAUGCACGGGGUAAGAUGAGCCACUGUGUGGGGUAAAUUGAGCCAACACAAAACAUGUUAGGUUAACAAAGUAAACAACUUUUAUUAUUAGAAAUGCAAUCAGUGAAUCAAGUCAAGUCAAUCAAGUGGGGGAUAGGGCCGUUGCAUAGAGAAGGGGAGAUGAAGAGAGAGGUGAUAGAACGAGAUGGGAUAGGGAGGGAUAGAUAGAUGGAUAGAGAGAGAUGCAUAGAUAGAUAGAAAGACGGAUGGUUAGAGAGGGAAUGAGAGAUAUACUAUAUUAUAGAAAUUACUAAAACAGUAGAACAGUGCCAAAAAAUCUUAUUUCUUUCAGUAGGUUAAAACAUUGCUAAAACAUGCAGCAAUCAUUCCAUCAAUCAUUUCAUCAUUAUUCAAUGUUCCAAGCGUUCAAAUUGCAAGGGAACACCAUUUGCCUCUCCCUCCGUGCUGUCCCCCCAACAGUAAAGGGGUGGGGCAAUUUUUUCACAAUAUCCUAUCUUGACAGGACAGCCUUAUCUUUCUCUUUGAAGACAAAGGUCGGCUUUCUUGCAGAGCCAUGGCAUGACCGGCUUCUUUUGACAAAUCUUGCGUCUAUUUCGAAGACAUCCAAUUUGAUUAUCUGGCCAAUGAAGAAAUGCACUUUCUUCUUCCCUGUGAAUUUUGCCACAACAUAAUCCCCCACAUCUAACAACUGGUCUUCCUCAU